UGCCCAGCUUCUUCGUCGAUCUCCACAGCACUGUUUGCGUCCCGCGGCGUUCAUCUCCAGCGAGAUUCCGACCCCAUCUCGAUCUCUAGAUCAAUUUUCUCGAAGAAGAAUGGGAAGAGGAGGCAGAUAGUGUAGUUUUGUUGCCAGAUGGUGGGGAUUAUAUAGCCACAGAACAGGAAUACUUUGAGAUCAGCGAUUUAGAAUCAUAACAUAACAUACUUUGGACAUGUUAUUACAAAUCCUUCAAUAAUUUUCUUGAUGGUAUUUCAUGCAUGCAUUAGUGGGUGAAUAUUUAAAUUAUCAACAUAAAUUGUCAAGGAAAAUGAUUCUCAUAACAGGUGCAAGGCUCCAUCUUGAAUGGGGCCAUGAGAAAUAUAUCCUUGAUACCAUAAAAGCCCAUCCUGCACAGGCUGCUCUAGGUGGAGCUGUUGGCAACUUGGAAAAGAUCCAGACAUUUCUCCAGGUGCGACUUAGAGAUCAUCGUGUGCUAGAUUUUGAUGCAGGGAUAAAUCUAGGCAGCCCCCAGUUGACACAACCUGACAACAGUAAGAAUGUUGAGGUUGUGAUGUAG